AUGUUCGGCUUAGCUGUAUGCCAAACAUGCAGAUUAUUCAGGGAAACUGCUUUAGGGACACCCAGUCUUUGGACAUUCGUGGAGAUUUCCGGAAAAGCAUCGCUUCCAUGGGCGUCCAUAUGCCUUGAGCGCGCUGGAGCUUGUGGUCUGGACAUAUUUAUCGACUGUAGCGACGGGACGUUGAUGGAUCAGGCGACGGUGAAAUCCUUGUUGGACCUUAUUUCGCCUCUCUCUAGGAGGUGGCGCAGCCUGACAGUGGAAUCAAGCCGUGAAUAUGUCCUUGCCCCUAUUGUAACCAGCCUCUGUUCACAGCAGGCGCCAGCUCUACGAUAUCUUUCCCUGGACGUCCAAGAUGUCGAACAUAUCAACCGAUUUGAUAUACGAAGGGAGAGUAAAUAUCCACAGAUAUUUGAUACAGGGACACCGCCCUUGACUUUCGUCCGCCUCCGAGGCAUGGCAAUGCAUUUUUGUCGCCCACGGCUCGAUAGAGUCGUGACACUUCAUCUCGAUGACACAACGCAUGUUCCCAUCUCGUAUUCGACAUUCAUUGGAAUUAUCACACAGUCAGAGUGCUUAGAACACCUUUCCCUCUGCGGCGACUUCGUCGUUUGCCACGAGUGGCCUUAUAAAGUCAACGUCGUCUGUCUUUCGAAGCUCCGCUCGUUGAGGCUCUGUGGUGUGGGAGGCGAGCUUUAUAUCGGUGUGCUGAUGGGGUUCCAUACCCCAUCCCUCGAAUCCUUAGUAUUAAAAGACUUGCAAGACGAAGAUCUUGAUAGGCUGUGGGCAUUGGACGAUAGCUCAAGAUACACGCGUCUUACUCACCUCACAUUUUCCAAUUUCGACCUCUCCAUUAACACCUACAGACUUCUUUGCAAAACUUUCCGCGAGAUCACCUCCUUCUCCGCCAUUUACUCAAGUAUCGCUGAAUGCCCUAUGGUACAAGUCCUGAUGGAAAAUUCGCUGGGACAAAAUGGGUUGCUGGAAUUUCCUUGGCCCAAACUCGAAGAGGUCACUUUUUCGUACGACUGCACCGAGAAGGAAGAUAAGUUAAUUAAAAAGUUGGGAAAAUAUCGCGACAUACACGGCUUUCCAAUAUCUCGAAUACGUUUAAGAACUUACCCCGAAGACGAAGAGGAUAUUUUCGACAUAAACACGGAUGGCCUGAUCAUAUGCGAACCACAGUACGGAAGUGAGCGUUGGCCAAGGGAUCGUUCAUUUUUCGACUAUAGUGAUACUGUAUUUUAG